GUUCAUGGUCACUGCAUGUGCAACCACAACACCAAAGGCCUGAACUGUGAACAGUGUCAGGAUUUCUACCAUGAGUUGCCCUGGAGACCGGCCGAAGGACGCAACACCAACGCCUGCAAGAGGUGUAACUGUAACCAGCACUCAGACUCGUGUCACUUCGACACGGCUGUGUUUUUGGCAUCGGGAAAUGUCAGCGGAGGAGUCUGUGACGACUGUCAGCACCACACGACCGGACGCCACUGUGAGCAGUGUGAACCAUUUUACUACCAGCACCCCGAGAGGGACGCCAGAGACCCCAACAUCUGCCAGC